CCGGGGCCCCGCGUUUUGGACCAAUCAGCGAGCAGGAGGCCGGCCGGAAACAGCUGCUUUGGCGGACAACAUUUGGCGCUAAAGUUUGCUGUGUCUACCGUGUGGAACCCGAGGCAGAAGGAAGGACGGCUAAGCACCACAGCGAACAUUUUGUUUUCUCUCCCCCCUUCUCACCAACGUCUGUCACCUAAAGAUGCCGAGCACUCGCUCGCGGGCUCACACGCAGCCCACCAUGCCCUUCCCCAGACGCAAGUCCGCCAGGGUGGCGCCGAAGCCCAAAAGAACCCCACCCGAGUCCCUCGAACCCGAUGGGGAGAAGACGAGGAUGCCUGAGGCGCCGUCGCCCGGACGAGCGCCCUCCAUUCCCGCCCGGCGGCCAGCUGCGACGCCGCUUCCCUCGUCGCCGGACGCCUCGCUCAGGCUUCCCCUCAGUCCGCGGAAACGUACGGGUGACGACAACGCGUGCAACGUGGACGCCACUCUGUCUGCGUCGCCUCCCAAGCGGGGCAAAGCGCCGCCGCCGUCCCAGCGGCGUUUAGCCUUUGAUGAAAAUGCCGCCGGCCCGUGUUGCCGUGAGCCGUCGCCAUCCUCUCCCGUCGCCGCCUCCUCGCCAAGUCGGCGGGACUUGGCGGGACCCAGCCCGGGCAAGAAGUCGUCGGCGGCGUGUCGACUCUUUGCUGAAAGGCGCGGCCUGGCGAGCGCCAAGUGGGCUCUACACACGGCGGCGCCCGAGCGCCUGCUGGCCCGGGAGGCGGAGCGCGCCGCCAUCCGCGGCUUCCUGGGCCGGACGGCCGCGCGCCGGCUGCCCGGCAGCCUUUACGUCUCCGGGGCGCCCGGCACGGGAAAGACGGCCUGUCUCGACUGGGUCCUGCGCGACAUGAAGGAGGAGCUGGCGCAGGCGCAGACGCUGGUGGUGAACUGCAUGAGCCUGCGCAGCUCGCAUGCCAUAUUCCCGCUUUUGGCCGACAAGCUGAGCGCGUCCGGCGGCGGCCACAAGGCUCUGCGGAGGCACCUGACCGGGCCCGGACCCGCGGUCUUGUUGGUUCUGGACGAGUUGGACCAGCUGGACAGCAAAGGCCAGGACGUGCUCUACACCAUCUUCGAGUGGCCGCACCUGCCCGAGUCCAGACUUUGUCUCGUCGGCAUCGCCAACGCCUUGGACCUGACGGACCGCGUCCUGCCCCGCCUUCGGGCCGGGCCCGGGUGUCGCCCGCAACUGCUUCACUUCCCGCCGUACAGCCGAGAGCAGCUCGGUGCCAUCGUGCAAGACCGACUGGCGCAGGCCUGCGCGGAGGGCGCCUUGCACUCAGCGGCUGUGCAGUUUUGCGCCCGUAAAGUCUCGGCGGUGUCGGGAGACGCCCGGAAGGCUUUGGACAUCUGCAGGCGGGCGGUCGAGAUCUUCGAGUCGGAACGCGGGAAGAAGACGGAGCGGCGCGCCGACGAAGGUCCGAUCCGCCGGCGUCGCCGCUUUGUAUGUUGGGCUCGCGUGCGUCUUGUGCCCCCGGGCGUCGGCGCUGACGUCGAGAUGCCGCGUGUGAUUCCAGAGUCGGCGGCCGGCGUGGCCCAGGUGGCGAGCGUCCUCUCCGAGGUGUACGGCGACCGCAUGGCGUCGCACGCCGGCGAAAGUUUCCCGUUGCAGCAGAAACUUCUGGUGUGCUGCCUGCUGAUGUUAGCGCGCGCCGGCAAGAGCAAGGAGGUGGCCCUCGGCAAGCUCCACGAGGUUCACAGCCGCCUGUGCGCUCGACGCCAGGUGAGCGGAGUCAGCCAGUCGGAGUGUUUGUCGCUUUGCGCGCUGCUGGAGAGCCGCGGGGUGUUCGCCAUCAAGAAGGCCAAAGAAGCUCGACUCAGCAAGGUGUUCCUGAAGAUUGACGAGAAGGCGGUUGAAAAUGCACUUCAAGAUCGCACGCUCGUCGGAAGCAUCUUGGCGGCAGGACUUCCGUGAACGUCGUCAAUUUUUUAUUAUUAUUUUAAGAAAAUUUUAAGUUAUUCUCAUUUUUGCUGAGAUUUUUUUUUUUUAGUUUUUUAAGUCCGAGUGUUUGUUGUUGUCAAUAAACCAAGUGACACUCG